AUGGUGUCACUGGGUACGGGAAAAACAGUUAGCAGGCUGCAACAACUACUCAAAGGUUGGGGAAAUAGUAAAUUUUUAACAUUAAAUUCCGAGCGGGACAUUAUAGAUCGGUUCCAGCUGACUCCUAUCGGAGAAAUGCUCAAGAACAACCUCAGAGAUGAGUUCGUACGCGGUGAUGGUGAAACGGCUGUGUAUGAAGGUGGGUGUGGUCUUUCGCUCAAUGAAAACCUUCAGUUUGUAAAAGAUGCCUUCUCCGUUCAACUACCAUUUGGUAUUGUUACUGAGAAGAUAUUGUCCAAUGAAACAAUUCCGAUCAAUGAAUCGAUCAAACUGAAAUUACCGACAGGAAGUAACCUGUCCCGUUCAUAUUUUGUAAGCCCAUCAUCAAGCCGAGAGUACAUGUACAAAACCCAGCGGCAACGGAAAAUUUGGUGGAUGCGAUAUGCUUGUGAUCCGGGCAGAUUUUUCAUCUCUGAUCCACAGCAAGACAAUCAUAGCCGAGGCCAAAGUACCACCAUUCAAGCCCGGCUGGGAGGAGAAGAAGUUACACUAGAACAAAUCGAGCUGAUUCCGGGUAGUGAAUUUCGUGAUGAAUUGGGAGAUUUCCAUGUUGAAAUUGGUCGCUCUGGUAAACCGAUUAUACCGGAUGUGAUCCGAAUACGACAAUGUGUGGAGCUGGCUACGUUGCAGAUUUUAUUAGAUGCGUACGAAGUUGGGGGAAGUAGUAGCGUUCGUAUUCAUAGAAAGCUGGCUCCCUUCAAGUGCGGUAUCGUGUGCCUGGUUGAAGGAAACGCUUCUCAAAUGAACGAACUUUACGACCUGGCCAAACAUCUGUGCAGUGUGCUUCGCCGAUCAAACGUGACCGUUCUGGACUGCACGAACGUGAGCGAAACGGUUCUCGCAAAACAGCUUCACAACUUGGACGCGAUGGGAGUUCCUUUCAGUCUCAUACUCCGGUUAGAUAGCCUCUCCAAUGGCCUGUUCCAGCUGCGCUCCCGGGACACUACCAUCAGUGAAACCAUUCACAUUACCGAUUUACCGCAAUAUUUAUUACAAAUCAUAACAAACUAGGCGUAAAAUAAAUUAGUACUUGCGAACUAGAAGAAAUCACACAAA